CCCACGUCGGAGGUCAGGGGAGAUAAGGAACAAUGACUCUCGCUCUCUGGAUGAGGAAGGAAGUUCCGCUGCCACCUUAUCUCUGCUCCUCUGCGCGCUCCCAGUUCCCAGGGCUUGUUCUCUAGAGAAGAUUUUGAGGCAGCUUUUGACCCCAACUGCAGAUGUUCUGAAUACCUUUGAAUAUAGAAAUUGAUUAUUCAACCAGGAACUUAAUUCAAGACUGCCCAGACCUGCAGAAACCAGGAGACUGAGACAUUUUGUCAGUUUGCGACACUGGACCAAACACAAUGAAGUAUUCUUGCUGUGCGCUGGUGUUGGCUGUCCUGGGCUCAGAACUGCUGGGCAGCCUCUGUUCGACUGUCAGAUCCACGAGAUUCAGGGGACGGAUUCAGCAGGAACGUAAAAACAUCCGGCCCAACAUUAUCCUUGUGCUCACUGACGAUCAAGAUGUGGAACUGGGGUCCCUGCAAGUCAUGAACAAAACAAGAAAGAUCAUGGAACAUGGGGGGGCCACCUUCACCAACGCCUUUGUCACCACACCCAUGUGCUGCCCCUCCCGAUCCUCCAUGCUCACCGGGAAAUACGUGCACAACCACAAUGUCUACACCAACAACGAAAACUGCUCCUCACCCUCAUGGCAGGCGAUGCACGAACCCCGAACGUUUGCUGUGUAUCUUAACAACACCGGUUACAGAACAGCCUUUUUUGGAAAAUACCUCAAUGAAUAUAAUGGCAGCUACAUCCCUCCUGGGUGGCGAGAAUGGCUUGGAUUAAUCAAGAAUUCUCGUUUCUAUAAUUACACUGUUUGUCGCAAUGGCAUCAAAGAAAAGCAUGGAUUUGAUUAUGCAAAGGACUACUUCACAGACUUAAUCACUAACGAGAGCAUUAAUUACUUCAAAAUGUCUAAGAGAAUGUAUCCCCAUAGGCCCAUUAUGAUGGUGAUCAGCCACGCUGCGCCCCACGGCCCCGAAGACUCUGCCCCACAGUUUUCCAAACUGUAUCCCAAUGCUUCCCAACACAUAACUCCCAGUUAUAACUAUGCACCAAAUAUGGAUAAACACUGGAUUAUGCAGUAUACUGGCCCCAUGUUGCCCAUUCAUAUGGAAUUUACAAAUGUUCUACACCGCAAAAGGCUUCAGACUUUGAUGUCAGUGGAUGAUUCUGUGGAAAGGCUCUAUAAUAUGCUGGUGGAAACAGGAGAGCUGGAGAACACGUACAUCAUUUACACUGCCGACCACGGUUACCAUAUUGGGCAGUUUGGACUGGUCAAGGGGAAAUCCAUGCCAUAUGACUUUGAUAUCCGAGUGCCUUUCUUUAUUCGUGGCCCAAGUGUAGAACCAGGAUCAGUAGUGCCACAAAUUGUUCUUAACAUUGAUCUGGCUCCUACCAUCCUGGAUAUCGCUGGGCUCGACACACCUCCUGAUGUGGAUGGCAAAUCUGUCCUCAAACUUCUGGACCUGGAAAAGCCAGGUAACAGGUUUCGAACAAACAAGAAGGCCAAAAUUUGGCGUGAUACAUUCCUCGUGGAAAGAGGGAAAUUUCUACGAAAGAAGGAAGAAUCCAACAAGAAUAUCCAACAGUCAAAUCAUUUACCCAAAUAUGAGAGGGUCAAAGAACUGUGCCAGCAGGCCAGGUACCAGACAGCCUGUGAGCAACCUGGGCAGAAGUGGCAGUGCAUUGAGGACACAUCUGGCAAGCUUCGGAUUCACAAGUGUAAAGGCUCCAGCGACCUGCUCCCAGUCCGGCAGAGCACGAGGAACCUCUAUUCUCGUGGCUUCCACGACAAGGAUAAAGAGUGCAGUUGUGGGGAGUCUGCUUAUCGUGCCAGCAGAGGCCAGAGGAAGAGUCAGAGGCAGUUCCUGAGAAACCAGGGGACCCCGAAGUACAAGCCCAGAUUUGUCCAUACUCGGCAGACACGUUCCUUGUCAGUCGAAUUUGAAGGUGAAAUAUAUGACAUAAACCUCGAAGAGGAAGAAUUACAAGUGUUGCAGCCCAGAAACAUUGCCAAGCGUCAUGAUGAAGGUCACAAAGCACCAGGUCGCCAGGCUACUGGCGGUGGCAAUGGGGACUCAGCCCUUGAAGACAGCAGCAACACCGUGGCCCUGCCUGCCACCGUGAGAGUGACACACAAGUGCUUCAUUCUUCCAAAUGAUACAAUCCACUGUGAGAGAGAACUCUAUCAAUCAGCCAGAGCCUGGAAGGACCAUAAGGCGUACAUCGAUAAAGAGAUUGAAGCUCUGCAAGAUAAAAUUAAGAAUUUAAGAGAAGUGAGAGGACACCUGAAGAGAAGAAAGCCUGAGGAAUGUAGCUGCAGUAAGCAGAGCUAUUACAACAAAGAGAAAGGUGUAAAGAAGCAAGAGAAAUUAAAGAGCCAUCUUCACCCAUUCAAAGAGGCCGCUCAAGAGGUAGACAGUAAACUGCAACUUUUCAAGGAGAAUCGCAGGAGGAAGAAGGAGAGGAAGGAGAAGAAACGCCAACGGAAGGGAGAGGAGUGCAGCCUCCCUGGCCUCACCUGCUUCACACACGACAACAACCACUGGCAGACAGCCCCCUUCUGGAACUUGGGAUCUUUCUGUGCUUGUACAAGUUCUAAUAAUAACACCUACUGGUGUUUGCGUACAGUUAAUGAGACACAUAAUUUUCUAUUCUGCGAAUUUGCGACUGGUUUUUUGGAGUAUUUUGAUAUGAAUACAGAUCCUUAUCAGCUCACAAAUACGGUGCAUACAGUGGAACGGGGCAUUUUGAAUCAGUUACAUGUACAACUGAUGGAGCUCAGAAGUUGUCAAGGGUAUAAGCAGUGCAACCCAAGACCUAAGGGCCUUGAAUCUGGAAAUAAAGAUGGAGGAAGCUAUGACCUACACAGCUCACGUAAGACAGAGCAGAAGAACCCACUCCUAAGCUGGUCUCACCAGGGCUAUGGGCUGACGAGAGGACAGUUAUGGGAUGGAUGGGAAGGUUAAACUGCCCAGUCUCACUGCAGACAUCAACUGGCAAGGCCUGGAGGAUUUA